GUUGGUUUCAGCUUGUAUUCCCACUCUGUCGCACAGCGUCGCCCGUCGCCGCUGAGAUCCUAGGAAGAAAUGGAGCUCUCUCGCAAGCUCUUCACGGCCGUCCUCCUCGUCAUGCUGCUGCUGCUGUCCGCAGAGGUCGGGCCGGUGGCGGUGGCGGAGGCGCGGACGUGCCAGUCGCAGAGCCACAGGUUCCGGGGCCCCUGCCUCCGCCGGUCCAACUGCGCCAACGUCUGCAGGACCGAGGGGUUCCCCGGCGGCAGGUGCCGCGGCUUCCGCCGCCGCUGCUUCUGCACCACGCACUGCCACUGAUUCGCUCGCCCAGCGGCCGGCUGGCGUCGCCGUCGAUCGCGUCGCGACCAGUCCAUGGCUCCAUGCAUGAAUAACAAGGGUGUGCGCGGUUUGUGUUGUGAUGCCAAAUUGUAUCCUCGUCGUGUGUUGAGCAGCGGCGUGCUGUUGUACGUACGUCUGCCUCUGUUCCAUGUUUCGGGAUUUUCCAUAGCAAAUGCAUGCGUCGAUCGAGAUCUACUCCGAAAGAAAUUCGAUAGACUUCGCAUAA